UUAUUGUGAACUGGCAGUAAACACUGGGCUUGGUCUAUCUGACGCCAUAUUAGGAAUACAAACUGAAACAACGCCGCUAUAUUUUGAGUCAACCAACGGCUGUGACUAAUGUUUUGUGAAAGUAGAAGAAGUGAUAUUAGCCCUGUAUCUGCUGUUUGUUUUCCAAAGAAUGCAUAUGUCUGCAAGAAGCUUGUGGAAACACGACCUGUACAAGAACUGAGUCUUGAAGAAUCUUGAACUACUGUCGCCUUUUCUCUCAGUUUUCUACGAAAUCCCUCCAUAUUGUUUACUGUUAAGGCACACAUCAACCAACAUCACAGCAUGAGAAGCUUCUGAAGGUUGUGCUGUAAACAGCACAGUACUAAUGACAUGCAAGAAAUGUUACAUUGACUGAAUAGAUCUAGACUGUGACUAUGUUCGCUUUAAGGAUCAUUAUUCUUAUUGCACUUAUUGUUCCUCUUAACUAUAAACUUUGUUCUUGUCAGUGUGCUCGUGCUGAAUAUGAGAUACACAAGCAAUGCUGCCCAAUGUGUGCCCCUGGAAACCGUGUUCAUUGGCACUGCACAGAUGACACCAGCACAACUUGUGUUCCAUGCCCUUCAUUAACUUUCACUGAUGAACCAAAUGGCCUCACGGAAUGCUUUCCUUGUACUGUAUGUGAUGCAAACCGUGGUUUAAGAGUGAAUAAAGUAUGCACUCGGUCAUCAGAUACUGUUUGUGGGCCACUAGAGAGAUUCUACUGCAUUGAAAAAAAGAAAGGCUGCUGCACUUUAGCUGUGCAACAUUCGGAAUGUAGCCCUGGACAAUAUAUCAAACAAGCAGGUACUGGCUCCACAGAUACUAUAUGUGCUGACUGUACAGGUGACACAUAUUCAAACGGAUCUUUCUCAUCCUGUUUACCACACACAAAAUGUGAGGCCCUGGGACUUGCUGAAACAAAUCCAGGAACACAUUCAUCUGACACCAAAUGUGGAAAUCCCUCUACAGCUGUAGCAAUAAUUACCCCUAGUGUUAUAAUAGUUACUUUAAUAUUAAUUCUAGUAAUAAUUGUUUUCAUAUUUAAACAUAUUCAGAAGAAGAAGCAAUCAAAAAGUUCAGGGAUACAGGAAACAGGAAAUGGUUUACAUGAAAACGAAAGUUCAAAAGUUGUUGGCAGCAGGAAAAUUGUUGAACCAUUUGAAACAGAAGAACAAGUCCUGACAACCUGCGAAUGACUACAGUUUCAACACUACUCAGAUAUUUCACUACAUCUACUGAAGGAGUUAUCAUGAUUGAAAUUUAGCAGUUUGAGCCACAGUCAUUGAAACAAAAGUCAAACAGCAUCAAAUGAUUUUGCCAUCUUCUAUUAAUCAAUUACUAAUGAAAUACUGUGUGUGUCAAGCCUAAAAACAAAAGUAAUAUUGAAUGUAACAACAAUAAUUACAUGAGCCAGCAUAUUACCACUGCAUUAUCACUUUCUAUAAGACCCUUGUUUACAGAAACAGUAUUUUAUUGCUUUUGCACAAUUAAAUAUUUUUCUAAGGAUUACUUA